UCAUACAAACGGAAGUAAACAGUAACAUGUUGCAUGAAUAAUGACAGUACAAUACACUGAAUGGUUUUGCCCACAUUCUGUUACGCAUUGACAUCAUUUUGAUAUACAAUUAUUGUAUACAAUAAUUCCCUGAGUUGAGACGGUGCAUAAUUGAAUGUUUUACUUUUUUCAUUCGAAGCGCCCAUUUAAAUAGCAUCCGGACAAGACAUAUUCGGACAUGAAUAAAUAAUCGUGUGUUUAUAAAUGGAACUAAUUGUUGAUUUCAAAUCUGUAAUUACAAAGUAUAAGCAGGGGUCAAGAAAUGAGUAUGACAGAUUUGUCAGCACACUGGCUAGUCCAGAUGUUAAGGAUGCUGUCCUUAGUAAGCACUUGAGCUCCUUGUUGUCAUGUGUCACACUGCUGGACAAGGAGCAUCACUCCCUGGUCACAGUGUUGUUGAAACUGACUUGGUGGAAAAGGCCGGCUGUUGUCAUAGAGAUGUACCAGUCAGUGAUUGUAAACCUGGUCUCGGUGCACACACACUUCCUCAGACCUUGUCUCAAGAUGGUCAUUGCAACUUUUGCUCCUGAAAUCAAGAGCACAAAGGAAUCAGAGAGUGAGGUAGAUGAGAAAACACUUCGAGCCAACAACCAAGCAUUCGUACAUGCACACAACAUGUUACAUGCUAUUACAAAAAUAGUCCCAAUGGCGGGCUCUACAGGUAUGCUGCUUCCGUUGCUAGGGGAGAUGUCGCCGUACCAGGGAAAGCCCACCUAUGUGCAGGAGUGUCACAUGAGGAACCUGCUCCACAUCACAACCUACCUACCAUCGCUACGGCAACCCAUCAUGGAGCAGAUCAUACACAAAAUGAUCUGCUAUGAUGUACAAGCACCACGCAGCAAACUGGUUGAAAGUUAUACUGAUGAGAGUGAAGAAGGCAGUAUAUUUAAAAUGGAGGAGCUGGGAUCCUGCCAGGAGGCUGCAGACAAGCUGGAUGUCAUGAUGGUGCUGCUGUUUGAGUAUGUUAAGAGUGUCUGCUUUAAGAACGAAGAACUGCAAUGGGAGGCGACCAAGCAGUUCUAUCGGGAGAUGCUGUACCUGUUUGAAAGGAUCAUCCUGCCCACCUACGCCUGCUCUCACGUACAGUUCCUCAUGUUCUAUCUGACCAGUCUCAGAUCUGAAAUCUGUGAUGGUUACCUUGACUACCUCUGGAAGCUGGUGCAGGAUCCCAACAUGCCAGCAGUGCACAGACAGACGGCAGUGACGUACAUGGGCAGUCUGCUGGCCCGCGGCACGUUUGUGGGAAUCAGGACGGUGAUGCGGACUAUCGACCUGAUGAUGAACUGGGCACAUGCGUACACGCUCACAUGUCUCGAGACUGUCAUGGCAGACCUAGUGCAUCAUGCGGCAUUUUACUCUGUUUGUCAGGCCGUCUUCUAUGUGUUUGCUUUCAGACAAAAAGAAUUGUUUGAAACUAAAAAAGGGCUGAAAUGGGCAGAGAAUUUGCAGAUUCAACAUCUUGUCCACAGCCGACUCAACCCUUUGAAAAUAUGUCUGCCAUUGGUUGUGAAAACAUUUUCUGCCAUUUGCAGGCAACAUCAGCUAGCAUUUUGUGAUAACAUCAUUCAGAGGAAUGCACGCUCCUACAUCCCAGUGGUGAGUGAUGGCACACAGAAGAUCCUGGAGGCGUAUUUUCCCUUCGAUCCAUAUCUGCUGGACAGAUCGAAACACUACAUUGAGGAGCAGUAUCGGGCGUAUGACAAAAGUAUGAACAUAGACGACUCAUCUGCAGAGGAGGAUACUGAUGAUGAGAUGUUUUUGGAGCCUGAGCUGGCUUCACCGGUGACUAUCGGCAUGGCAACCACUCCUGGGAGCUUUAUGGACUAGAACUGCUCCACAAUAGUGUGCAAGUGGUCCUUGUGAAGAGUUAGGGAUCAUCCGCAAGUAAUGGGAUGGAUGUUCGAAAGGUGCAAUCUGAUGUUUUGUAUUUAUUAAAUCCACACAAAAUUAAUGACCUAAAAUGAAGAAAGCUCAGCAAAUAAGUAUUUAUGUACAUCCUUAAUCCUAGUUUAAGUGUUGUGGUAAAUGUGCCACAGAUCAUCAUGACAUUCAAACAAAUCAGUGAUAUCACCCAUGUCAUGGCAAAAUGGGGCUUAUGUCAAAUGUGGCUAGCAUAGCUCCACAAUAGCCUGCACGAUGGCACAGGCUGGUCAAGAGCUUUCCUAUCCACUUAUGAGACUGAAAGUUUGUAUGACUUUAAAGUGGACUGGGUAGGUCUUACCUGACUGCACGAUGGCACAGGCUGGUCUGGAGCUAUUCUUACCGGAUAUGGCAUAAAACUCAUUUUCACAUCAUCUUUGCUUACAGGUUCCAUUUAUUAUUUUGAAUAAAAAUAUUUCCAGGACUGUAAUAGUGGGCCAUGGUAGUUCAACAUCUCAUUUGUGUCUGUAGCCUUCAUGGUGAUCACACUGUAUGUGAUCUUCAUAGCUCUAGUGAAUAUGAAUGUGUUCAUGUGUAAGUGUUCAUUUACUUAAACUUAUUCUGUCUUUGUUACUGGUUUGUUGAUUAUUUACAUCAGCGUUUGUUUAAAAUGUUUUAAAUAUGGUAGGAGUUUAGUGUGUAAAAUUUUUAUUAAAUUUGUUAACCAGAAAUUAAAGUACACAUGUAAACUAAUGUAUCAGGUCUCUAAAUGGAAUACAGCUUUAAUUAUGAUAGGCAUCUAUAAUUAUUGUAAUUAUCAAUUUAUCUCAGCUGUAACGUCCUCAAGGAUCUAAAUCAAUAGCGUAUCAUAAAAAGUAUGAAACUUGGAUCUGCUGGAACUCAUUACAAUAUAUGUAGAAGUUUGUUAGUACACUGAACACAAUGUAUUAGCUUAAUUUUCUCCGGCCAAAGCCAUUUCCCACAAUUUGGCAUUUCUUUUAUUGUAUUGGUAUUUGAAAAUGAAUUGUACAAUUAAUUUGAUAUUUUUCAUAUCCUAUAAGUGCAAUAUGUGAUUGAACAUUGUUAUCAAUUGUAAGGUAUUAAAAUAUUGCUCUUACUUAUGUGAAACACUUUUCUUAAUAUUUUGUCUGUUAAGUUUAUUUAAAAACAAGCUGGGUUGUAUCAACUUAUUUUAUGGUCAUUUGAAUAAAAAAUGAACACAUUUUUAAAACAUCUUUAUUAUAAUAUGUUGAUGAUAACACAAUGGUUUCAUAGUUUCUACAUGCCUGUUAUAAACAUGUGGUGUAUAAUUGGAAUACCUGCGGCAGGCGGUGUCCAGAUGAACAUUGUCUUCUCAAUAUCUCAACAAGUUUAAACUUUCCAUCAUGAAACUAGUUAAAAAUGUCUGUUUGCAUAAUAUCUUGGUCAAGUUGGAUAACAAGCCAGAUUGCAUAAAGCUUUUUAGAAGUUUGGCCCUUAAAAUAAAGUUCAAUACUCAGCCAUAUCUCCUGAAGAACUUAUUGAUUUAUCCCAAAUUUGCUAAUUUAAUAUUGUCUGCUUUCUAAUAUGUGGUUAUUUAGUUAAUAUCUUAAAUUCUCAUUAAGCUAUCUGUUUGAAACUUUUGAAACAGAGCAAGCUUAAAAGGAGACUCAGCUUUGGAUUGUGGGAAGCGGACAACGACAACGAGCGAGGCAUGGUAUUGUAAUGCGCAAGGGCGGGUUAGGGUUAGGUUUAGGGGUCGGGUUUGGGUUAGGGUUAGCAUUAACCCAUCCCUUAACCCUAACCCGACCCCUAACCCUAAUCUAACCAUAACACAGGGUUAUCUCCCCUAUACCAUGCCUCGCUCGUUGUAAUUGUCCUCAUCCCUUGGAUUGUAUUUGGGUCUAGAACUAUCAAGGGCAAGGUCACUUACAAAAAAGAACAAACAAUUUUGCUCAUGAGCUCAAGUUUAGAUUCAAGUAUUUCAUUCUAGUUUUGUAGGUGUAUGUAGCUUACAUUGAGAUCUUAAUUUAAGAUAAUAAGGCAGUCAGGUCAAGGUCACUGUUACUAACAACAAAACACAGUUUUUGCUUAAUAACUUUAUGUUGUAAGGAGUUAUUACACAAUAAUUGUGUGUUGCUGUCUUACCUGCACACCUAGCUUGGAUUUGCAUUUGGGCCAUUCACAAUAUCAGGUAAAGCGCAAGGUCACCAGUAACUAGGGAAAGGAAAACAGUUUCCCCUAUAUAACUUAGGUUUAGAUGGAGGUAUUGCACUGUAAGUUGCUUUCAUUUAGACAUUUAAAUUAUAAUUUGGGCUAGAUGGAUAGAAGUAAAGGUCACUGUUGAUGAAAUAGAAACAUAGUUUCUGAAAAUAGUUUCUGCUCAUUAAUUUGAGUUUGAAUGGUGAUGACUUUAGUAGAGAUGGCAUAAUUAUUACACAAUUAUAUGUUAUGUUUUUAACAUUGAAAACAUGUUUUUAUGGCUUUGCCAUGUUUCUUUUUGUAUCCAUUAUUUUCUGUACCAUCAUAGCUACAACAAAUUAAUACAUUUGUCACACAUAAAUAAACCCGGACCAGUGAUGAAUCUAAACUGUAUGUUUCUGAAUUGCAUUUACUAUCAAUCCAAACAAAACUGGUACUAUAUAAUACUAUAUUAAUUUAUGUAUCUACAUUGCUGUUUACUGAUUGUUUCAUGUUUUAUGUAGAUGUAUUACAAAUUUUGUUAUGUCUGUUUUGCAAAAUUAAGCCAUCUCAGCAAAUAUGAUCCAUGGAAAUAAAGAAGAGAAUCGUCUGUAAACUUAAUCUAUAGGUAAUUGAACCAACUGUUAUAAUUGUGAGCAAAUAAUCCCAGUCUUGAUCAGAGCCAAAUACAAAUAUGUUGAAUUUGUCAUGGUGUUCAUUAAUCCCAUUCCACAAAAGUGGGGUUACAGGAUUGCCUUUUUCCAGCCAUCGAACUGUCACUUCUUUAUCUAGGCUCUGAGAUUGCCAUUUUUCCCAGCUAUCUGUCUGUCACUUCAUUAUUUGGCUCCGAGAUUGCCUUUUUUCCACCCAUCUGUUUGGGGUCAGCUAAAAUUUUCUUAUUUUCAGGAAAUUUGGCUCAAAUAUUUUUGGUUAUUACAACCUGGAACUCAAUGAUUCACCAUGAGGUCAAAUUCUUGAGUUUCCAUUUUGUGUCUUCUUCAUUCAUAUCUCUUGUACUGUUAAAACCAUUUAAGGGUUCUUUGCCUAAAAUGGACUUGCAUUAACUUUUUAAAACUGCAGUCAUGUGCAGAAGUCAUACACCAGUUAAGUCAACACAAGUUCAAGGCCAAGGUCAUACUUGAAGGUUGCAUGAUUGAGUCUGUAUAUGUUUAUGUCCGUUUUUUGUCUGUAUUAUAUCUCUGAAGCCUUUGUCUUGUCUGUAUUAAAUCUCUGAAGCCUUUGUCUUGUCUGUAUUAUAUCUCUGAAGCCUUUGUCUUGUCUGUAUUAUAUCUAUGAAGCCUUUGUCUUUUCUGUAUUAUAUCUCUGAAGCCUUUGAACUUAUUUUCUUGAAACAUGCUUGAAAUCUUUAUCACAUUGAAGCAGUAUUGUGAAGGCAUGAAACAGUCAUGACAUCUCAAGGCCAAGGUUAACACUUGAAGGCCAAUAGGAUCAGGUUGGGGAUAUAGCAGUUUUUGGAUUGCCAUGUUGCAAUUUAAGAUAAUUAAUAAAACAUAUUGAAGAUAAAAAAUAUUUUCUAAACAUGUUUCAUUUGUAUUUCUUUACCCAGUCACGGAUUUGGAAGUUUUAAGGAUGAACUGUCCGUGCAUACAUGUGUUUUUCAUUCAUCACCCCUCAGUUUCAAUGUAUGUACGUACAUGUGACAAAGCUUUUGUUUUCAACUCCUCUAAUUACAUGUAUUUGGUGGAACUAGCUCAAAACUUUCACAGUUAAAUGAUUAUAAAGGAAGCAAUAUUAGGCUUCCAACAGUUUUGGCAAAAUUAUUACCCUUUGUCUUUUUGUCCUUUGCAGACUAUAAAGCAUCUUUUUUCUUUGUCCAAACAAUUGUUGUGGGAGCGUCAGUGUCUGUGACACAGUUCUAGAUUUGAAUAACAAUGUAUCACCUGUUAAAGAACAUCACAUGUUUAUUCUGAGUGGUUGUUGAUUAUUUAUUUAAAAAAAUUAAAAGUGCAUUUUU